GCAUGGACGGGCCGGGCUGGGCCGCGGAGCCCAGCGGAGGGCCGGACGAUGGGGUGGACGAUGGAGCGGGUGAGCCUCGCUGGCCCUGGCCCCUGGAGAAGGGCACAGUCCACCUGGCGGAGCCGCGGUUUGGAACGCCCCCGGCCAGCCCGCAGCCGACCCCCACGGGCCUGCCCACCCUCCUGGCCUACCGCCCCGAGUCCUCCCCGGCAAUCGUACACCACAAGGCAGAGGAUGCUGAGCCGACCUGCGAGUACUGUGGCAACCCGCUGAGGCCGUUCCCCUUCUGCGAGGACACCCCUCUCUCCGAGGACCAGGCAGACAGAUUCUGCUGCGAGCGCAGCCGAGAGCUCUAUGAGUUCAUCACCAAGGAGAAGAAGAAGCUCGAGGACACCAGCAGCCUUCCCAGAGCUGUUGGCAACCAGGAAUCACUCGGCUCUGAAACCAGCCUGCUGCUGUCAAAGGAGCAAGAGAACCGCAGGCAGCAGAGAAGACAGCUGGCCAGAGAGUUGGCUGACCAGUCUUUAAAGCCAAGUGCCACUGAAGGUUCACAGCAAGCUGGAUCCGUUUCCCUGGAACUCACAUCUCCCACAGGCGGGACAACAGAGCCUGUUGUGAUUGCAGCCGAGCCCAAACCCCAGCCCAAGGAGAAGCCUGAGCCGGAGCCCCAGUCCGAGGAGAAACCCAAGCUGGAGCCCCAGCCCAAGGAGGAGCUCGAACCCAAAUGCCAGCCCAAGGAGAAGCCCGAGCCGGAGCCCCAGCCCAAGAAGGAGCUUGAACUCGAACCCCAGCCCAAGGAGAAGCCCGAGCCAGAGCCCCAGCCCAAGGAGAAGCCUGAGCCAGAGCCCCAACCCAAGGAGGAGCUUGAACUCAAACCCCAGCCCAAGGAGAAGCCCGAGCUGGAGCCCCAGCCUAAGGGGGAGCUUGAUCUCAAACCCCAGCCGAAGGAGAAGCCCGAGCCAGAGUCCCAGCCUAAGGGGGAGCUUGAUCUCAAACCCCAGCCGAAGGAGAAGCCCGAGCCAGAGUCCCAGCCUAAGGGGGAGCUUGAUCUCAAACCCCAGCCCAAGGAGAAGCCCGAGCCAGAGCCCCAGCCCAAGGAGCUUGAACUCAAACCCCAGCCCAUGGAGAAGCCUGAGCCAGAGCCCCAGCCCAAGGAGGAGCUUGAACUCAAACCCCAGCUCAAGGAGAAAUCCAAGCCAGAGCUUCGGGCCAAGGAGAAGCCCAAGUCAGAGCCCCAGCCUAAGGAGGAGCUUGAACUUGGACCCCAGCCCAAGGAAAAGCCCGAGCUGGAGCCCCAGCCCAAGGAGGAGCUUGAACUCAAACCCCAGCCCAAGGAGAAGCCCAAGUCAGAGCCCCAGCCUAACGGGGAGCUCAAACUCAAACCCCAGCCCAAGGAGAAAUCCAAGCCAGAGCUUCGGGCCAAGGAGAAGCCCAAGUCAGAGCCCCAGCCUAACAGGGAGCUCAAACUCAAACCCCAGCCCAAGGAGAAAUCCAAGCCAGAGCUUCGGCCCAAGGAUAAACCUGAGCUGGAGCCCCAGCUCAAGGAGAAAUCCAAGCCAGAGCUUCGGCCCAAGGAUAAACCUGAGCUGGAGCCCCAGCUCAAGGAGAAAUCCAAGCCAGAGCUUCGGCCCAAGGAUAAACCUGAGCUGGAGCCCCAGCUCAAGGAGAAAUCCAAGCCAGAGCUUCGGCCCAAGGAUAAACCUGAGCCGGAGCCCCAGCCCAAGGGGGAGCCCCAGCUGGAGCCCCAGCUCAAGCAGGAGCCCGGUCUCAAGAAGAUGCCCGGUCCCAAGGAGGAGCCUGAGCUGGAGCCCCGGCCUGAGGAGAAACCCAAGCCGCAGCCUUGGCCCGAGGAGAAACCUGAGCUGGAGCCCCAGCCCAAGGGGGAGACCCAGCUGGAGCCCCAGCUCAAGGAGGAGCCUGGCCCCAAGGAAGAGCCCCAGCUGGAGCCCCAUCCUGAGCAGAAGCCCGGGUCUGAGCCCAAGCUCAAGCCCAAGAAAGAGCCCAAGCACAAGGAGCCCGUAUCCCGCGGCACGCGCCGCUACGAUUUCAGUCUCCUGGGGAAGAAGGUGGGGAAGGCUAAAUUGGUGCAGAAAUACUACAAAAAUGGAAAAAAAUUCCUUACCAUGCUCCAAGACGGAACUUCGCAGUUAUUCUAUCCAUCUGGAAACCUGGCCAUCGUCAUUAUACGAGGGAGGGACCAGCUGACUUGCAUAGUACAGGAAGAUGAGCUGAGGACAACCAAAAUCCGAGCCCUGUUUCAGUCUGAUGGCAGGGGCACGUGCUACUACCCGAACGGAGAUGAGUGGAUAAAUAUAAGUAUCCAGGGUGGGCAGUAUUUGGACCAAGCAGGCAACAGAGUAAGAAGGUGGAUGUGGCCGGACUUGUCACGAGGACCCUACGCACCACUGAGCCCCAUUUUCAUCUCCCUGAACCGCCACGUGGGGGUCAGGAUCCUGGCCCAGGACAAGAUCUUCGUCUCCUUCCUCGCCAAGGGGCGACAAGCAAAAUUCAACAUGGGAACCAAAGUGCAGGUAUUGUUCCUGUGCCGAGCCGUUCCCCACAGCAGGAGCAGGGCAUCCAGGAAGCUCCCCUCUGCGUUUAUCCUGUGGUGGGUGCUCCCUAUGUUGUCCCAUGCUCCUUUCCCAAAAAGCAAGCUGUGGCUGUAUGGGUAUUCCUGCCACUCCUAUGGAGAUGGGCACUUGGCUAGCCCCAGCUCUCUGCAAAGGGCCACCGUGUGGGACUCCACUCACAGGCAGGUCCCUGGCCACAGCCCCAAGGGUCACCCUGGCUAUGAUCCACGUGGGCAGGGUGCAGGGCAGCUCCUUUCCUCGGCAGGCUCCUGGCACAGGGGCAGGUUUGUGUGCUGAGAUGGAAGCUCUGUCCCCAGCCGGGGUGGCUCUGCCCACACGUGGCCU